ACGUGCCCGAGGACCCGCUUGGUGCGGGUGGGAGCGCGCUCCGCGGUCACGCGGAGCUGGCGCAAGAGGACUGUGGUCGCUGCGGGCGCACGCCCGGCCCCACCCCCUCUCCGGCACGCUGGCUCCGCGCGAGCUCGCGCACGCGCGCGCGCUCCCGUUCAAGCUUCGGUCUGGCCAGCGGCAACCGGGCGGGUGGCGCUGGGCCGCCUGAGGUACGAGGGGAGGAGCCGGAGCCGCCGCCGCCGCCGCCGCUGCCGCUGGAGAGGAGCAUGUCUGCAACUCGAGCCAAGAAAGUGAAGAUGGCCACCAAAUCGUGCCCCGAGUGCGACCAACAGGUUCCUGUUGCAUGUAAAUCGUGUCCUUGUGGUUAUAUAUUUAUUAGCAGAAAACUUUUAAAUGCAAAACACCCAGAGAAAUCACCACCUUCUACAGAAAACAAGCAUGAGGCCAAGAGGAGGCGAACAGAGAGAGUUAGGCGAGAGAAGAUAAAUUCUACAGUAAAUAAGGAUUUAGAAAACAGAAAGAGGUCUCGAAGUAACAGCCAUUCAGAUCAUAUCAGACGAGGAAGAGGAAGACCUAAAACUGCAUCUGCCAAAAAACAUGAGGAAGAAAGAGAGAAACAGGAAAAGGAAAUUGACAUCUAUGCUAACCUCUCUGAUGAAAAGGCUUUCGUGUUUUCAGUCGCCUUGGCAGAAAUAAAUAGAAAAAUUAUCAAUCAAAGACUUAUUCUCUGAUAUUUGCCUGCAAAAUAUGUUGAAACUGUCUUCAGGAUUACAUCAGCAAAUUCUCAAACAGUUGUGGACUCUCAGGAGCAUUCUGACUGCAUCAAUAAGGGCCAUUGAUUGUUUUUUUUUCCCUGUCUUUAGCCUGUGCCACACUUUGGGAGCAAAGCUGUAGGCUUGGACUGUUCUGGGAUUUCCUUGUUUACCAAGGAGUAUUGUCAGUGUUUUGUGUUUGGGAUAUAAGUAAGUAUAUUUACCAAAAACAAAAAAAUAAACAAUGGAUGGCUAUUAAAGGAUAAAGGAAUAGAGGUGAGAGUGGAAGAAUGAAAACUAGGGAAAUAAAAUGCUUGAUAGUUUUCAGGUUUGCCACCAGAGAUGCAAUAUUUUAAGUACUUUGAGAAAGUGACUUUUAAAAAUAUUAUAUUUCAGAUUUUCAGCACUAACAGAUUACAUAUAUACAGUUCAUUUACUUUUAAUAAAUUGGCAAUUGAUAUUUUAUUGAAUGGGGAAUUAAGAAUAUAAACUGUACAUUUUGUCUUAAAUUGAUUUUUUUUCUUGGCCUUUAUUUUUAUGACUUAAGGUAUGAGUUAUAUUUUGGGAGAUACUUUCUAGACAUUUGGGAAGUUUGGGUGCUAUAUGAAGAAAAACAUUUAAGGAUAUAUCAUACUUCAGAUACAAACAUCUUGUUUUCUUGAAUGUAAUUUAUUUAUUGGUUAAAAAUACCUUUUCUGCUCUCAAGAUGGUGCCUGUUAACCUAAACAUAAAAUAUAUUUAUUACAUACAAAAUAUUUCUUAGGUAGCCUCUUUUAAGCAGUAAUGUUUUAUCUGAAUGGAUGUUCAUUUAUACAUACAGAUAAUUAUUUAAAUUGUUACUUAAUCUCACUCUGGAAAAAAAAAUAAAUCUUAAUAUUGAAAC